ACAUUUCCAUUCCAUCUUCGAAACACGUGUAAAACAAUCUCAAUUCCAUUCUAUUAUUAUCUCGUUUCUCGUUGGCCGCUGUUGCCGUGGUUAACACGUGAUAUUCAAAGUCUUUCCUUCUUUCCUCUUGCUUCGGACACCCGCAGUAAGUAGCCUGGUUCUACCGGUAUUCCUGGAUCAUGAUUCUUCUAUGAAAUGUAUUAUGACCACAUGUUGAAGCUUUUCCCGGAAAAUGAAAUACCGAGAUGGUAAGAUCCACAAUGCAACGACGUGCGGGGAACUGAUGAUAUGUACCAUCACAGUCGUGGUCCGAGGUUGAAAGGGAAAAAUAUUUUCCAUACAGUAUGUGUACCAGAGUAUGAAUUCAAUCGCAAAUUUUAAUCACAUCGAGGUAGUUCUCUUGAUGUGGUUGUUAGGAUUUGUAGAAGAGAAAUAGCGCAUCUCCUGGAAAUUAUCUUGCAGCUCUCUCGACUGCUGCCUUUGUCGUUCCUACGGGGUCUCAUUUCAUGUAGCUUUGAUGUAUCUAUUUUCUUAUCAUGAGAUUUUCCAGUUUUACCGCUAAACGAAUGCUACCUGGGCAUAACUCGUAUUUCCAUUCACAUAUGUAGAUUUACCCCAUGUUUUGGACGGAUAUUGUGGGGUUUAUAGUGGACGACGGGCGCGAUGGCAUGACUUGGAAACCAAUAAUCACAAAUCAUAUCAUUGGAGCGCAAAAAGAGUUAUUAGCUCAAUAUAGGAGGUACGGCUUGAUUGGAUCGGGGUAAGAGCAGAUCUUAUACUCACUUCAGCCUUGAAUCCCGCAACCACGGGAGCAUCCAGACUCAGGUAUAUAGAGAAGGUCAUGAUUCGAAUUCGAAUGUCGAAUCUUCUGCAGCAGUACAAUGACUGAGCGCAAAAUUUUCAAAAUGUUGCACACUGUCUUUUUGCUACUUUCUAUUUGCAGCAGUUACGCACUUGCUUCACUUCAAAUUGUGUGUAUCGCCUCUGAGAAUGAUUGCUAAGGCUUACGCGUUUCUAGAUAUCAGGUGCAACGUGGACAGCUUCUGGUAUUAAUCAACACAUCCAAGCUCAUGGGGGUGGAAUUAUCCAAGUCGGCUCGACCUAGUCAGUAAAACCCUCCUUGCUCUAGCAAACUGACCAUUGACCAAUCACAGUUAUUGGGCCGGGGAGAAUAAACUCAAUGGAAGUGCUUUCCAAUCGAUCAAUUGCUACUCCAGCACUGACCUUGUGAACUGGAAAUUCAAUUCUUAUCUUCUUACAUUACAGUCGUCUGGAGAUUUGGGACCCAAUCGAGUUGUGGAACGUCCACACAUAAUGUACAAUGAUGCAACAGCUAAAUAUGUCUUGUGGAUGCACAUUGAUUCAUCAAAUUAUGGCGAAGCAAAGGCUGGAGUUGCAACUAGCGACAGUGUUUGUGGACCUUAUACAUAUUUGUGAGUUAAUUGAUUCGAUUAUCGCGGAGGGCGAUAAUCUCAAAUAAGCUUAGGGGAUGGUAAGACUAAUGAAGCGUAAAACAGAGGAGCAAGCCAACCAUUGGGCUACCAAAGUAGAGAUCUCAAUGUAUUUAAAGGUAUGGAUUAUUGACAUUUCACAUCUCAAUAACUAACGUGGGGUUAGACACCGAUGGAACAGGUUAUCUAUUGACCGAAGAUGUAUUCUUACUCACCCCUUUCUGUUAGAAUAGUUCUGAUCAUUAUAUAGCGAGCAAACGGUUUACGUAUUGACAAGCUUUCCGCCAAUUACACAUCGGUUGUGUCAGCUGUUUAUCUUUUUGCUGAUUAUGAGGCUCCCGCCAUAUAUAAGAGCGACGAUACUUAUUUUAUGUUUGCCAGUCAUUUAUCUGGGUGGUGUAUGCAUUUUUUUCAUCUCCCGCGCUUUAAUUUUCCCCCAGCAAUCCUAUUUUACACCUCGGACGUUAAGACGGGCAAUGCUAGAUCUUUGAUUUGUUCAGAAUGUUAGCUGAUUGCCUAUAACAGCUCCAAACGAUAACGUCUACGCUACAGCAACGAAUUUAUCAGGGCCUUGGUCUGCUUGGUCCAACUUUGCAACGGUCGGGACAAAUACCUAUAGCAGUCAGACUGCGGCUGUUGUUAAUAUUAAUGGAGUUGUCAUGUAAGUUUUUUUCCGAUCAUCUUCGGACUUGGGAAAUAUUUUAGGGUUAUUCGUAGAAAAUAGGGCUAAUUAGUUGCAGGUACAUGGGAGAUCGAUGGGAAUCAUCCAACCUUAUGACUUCCACCUACGUCUGGCUCCCUUUGACAAUCUCCGGGACCAAGGCAUCCAUGGUAUAUACCUUGUCCAAAAGAGUCGCCCAGAAAUUAACGUUGAACAGAGCAACGAAGUCAACUGGAUCAUCGACCCCGCGGCAGGAACGUGGACCACCGGCCCCAGCGAAGCAUGGCUAGAAGCCGAUGCUGCCACAAAUACCCUCGCUAACGGUGCUAAAAAUAUCACAUGUUCCGGUUGCUCGGAUGGUGUACGAGUCGGGUAUAUUGGUGGACCUAGUCCUGGGGGUACGUUGACCAUGGACGGAGUGAGUAGCUCCGUAGCAACAACUACCACAAUUCGAAUUCAUCAUUUGAAUGGUGAUUCGACGCAACGCUAUGCGAAAGUUGUAGUCAAUGGAGUCAGCAAUAUUAUUGCGUUUUUGCCGACAGCGGAUGGUAAUACACCUGGCACAAGCGUCUUGACGACUCCAUUGAAGAGUGGGGCUGGAAAUUCCAUUGAAUUCGAGUCGUAUAAUUCUGGAUGGGGUAAGUCUACGAUGUUCAUUAUUCAUAUCUCAUUAUUCGUUACUAGUACGCCAAUACGUCUACCUGUGCUAAUAUAUGAUGCAGCACCAGACAUUGACCGCAUAAUGAUCCCCGUCUCUUAAACACCUCAUUUUUCUUUUCAUGCGUGGAGGGUGUCAUGUCAUGGAAUGCACGCAUCACCAGUAGUCCUUCUCUUCUUUUCCAUCCUCAAAACCUUAUAGCUCUCACUCAAUAAAUCAAUGGGAUCAAGAUUCCCCUUUCCAAAACUCUGCAUAACUCUCCCAGGCAAAGAAUAUUUCCUCCUCAAAACCUUUCUAUUCCCCCAAACCUCC